CCCGCCCCGCGGGGUGAUGCUGCAGCUGCCGCGGCGGGGCCCGGGGCGCCGGGCUGGGACGGAGCUUGUACUCGGGAGAACCAGGAGCCCAGCCUGGAAAGGGAUGCCUCCCGUCUGCACGCACAGCAACACCCAGCAGCCCUGCCUACGAUGAUCCCCCCAGCAAGCAGCACCCCUCCGGGAGAGGCCCUCUUCCCCAGUGCGGCUUCUCAGGACUUCUGGAGGUCACCCAUCUCCGGCUACUCAGGGUCCGUGACACGACACAUCAGCCACCGGGCCAACAACUUCAAGCGCCACCCCAAGAGGAGGAAGUACAUUCGACCCUCUCCACCCCCACCCCCCAACACCCCAUGUCCCAUUGAGCUGGUGGACUUCGGGGACUUGCACCCACAGAGGUCGUUUUGGGAGCUCUUGUUCAAUGGUUGUAUUCUGUUUGGCAUCGAGUUCAGCUACGCCAUGGAGACCGCGUACGUGACUCCGGUACUCCUGCAAAUGGGCCUGCCUGACCAGCUGUACAGCCUAGUGUGGUUCAUCAGCCCCAUCCUUGGAUUCCUGCUGCAGCCUCUGUUGGGUGCCUGGAGUGACCGAUGUACCUCAAGGUUUGGAAGGAGACGCCCUUUCAUUCUUGUCCUGGCCAUAGGGGCAUUGCUGGGCCUCUCCCUCCUGCUCAAUGGAAGGGACAUUGGCAUGGCCCUGGCUGACACAGCCACCAACCACAAGUGGGGCAUCCUCCUGACAGUGUGUGGUGUGGUGCUGAUGGACUUUAGUGCAGAUUCGGCGGAUAACCCCAGCCACGCCUACAUGAUGGAUGUGUGUGGCCCCGUGGACCAGGACCGAGGCCUGAACAUUCAUGCCCUCAUGGCGGGUCUUGGAGGAGGGUUCGGCUAUGUAGUCGGGGGCAUCCACUGGGACAAAACCAGCUUCGGGAGGGCCUUGGGGGGUCAGCUCCGUGUCAUCUAUCUCUUCACCGCCAUCACCCUGAGUGUCACCACUGUGCUUACCCUGAUCAGCAUCCCUGAGAGGCCCCUUCGGCCUCUGGGUGAGAAGAGGACACCUAUGAAGAGCCCAAGCCUCCCGUUGCCCCCCUCCCCACCUGUUCUGUUGGAGGAGGGGGCCGGCGACACCCUCCCCUCUACUACAGCCACCAGCCUGUACGCCAGCUUCUCCACCCCCAUCUCCCCACCCAGCCCCCUCACCCCUAAGUAUGGCAGCUUCAUCAGCAGGGACAGCUCCCUCACAGGCAUCAACGAGUUUGCAUCAUCCUUUGGCACCUCCAACAUAGACAGUGUGCUCAUUGACUGUUUCACAGCGGGCCAUGACAAUUACCUGGCUCUCCCCAGCAGCGUCCCCAGGCAGGCCAUCAGUGUCAGUUUUCCUCGGGCCCCCGAUGGCUUCUAUUGCCAGGAGAGGGGGCUCCUGGAGAGGAGAGAGGGGGCCCUGACCUUGGGCUCGGAUGGAGAUGUGCUAAGGGUAGGCUCUCUGGACACCUCUAAACCACGGGCCUCAGGGAUCCUGAAGAGGCCCCAGACCUUGGCUCUCCCAGAUGUGGCUGGAGGAAAUGGCCCUGAAACAAGCAGGAGAAGGAACGUGACCUUCAGCCAACAGGUUGCGAACAUCCUCCUGAAUGGUGUGAAGUACGAGAGUGAGCUGACGGGCUCCAGUGAGCAGUCAGAGCAGCCACUGUCCCUGCGGCGCCUCUGUUCCACCAUCUACAACAUGCCCAAGGCGCUGCGCAACCUCUGUGUCAAUCACUUUCUGGGGUGGCUCUCAUUUGAGGGAAUGCUGCUCUUUUACACGGACUUCAUGGGUGAGGUGGUGUUUCAGGGCGACCCAAAGGCGCCGCAUACGUCAGAAGCGUACCAGAAGUACAACAGUGGCGUGACCAUGGGCUGCUGGGGCAUGUGUAUCUAUGCCUUCAGUGCCGCCUUCUACUCAGCUAUCCUGGAGAAGCUGGAGGAAUGUCUGAGCGUCCGCACCCUUUACUUCAUCGCCUACCUCGCCUUCGGCCUGGGCACUGGGUUGGCCACACUCUCCAGGAACCUGUACGUGGUCCUGUCCCUCUGCACCACCUAUGGCAUCCUGUUCUCUACACUCUGUACCCUGCCCUACUCCCUGCUGUGCGAUUACUACCAGAGUAAGAAGUUUGCAGGGUCCAGUGCAGAUGGCACACGGCGUGGCAUGGGAGUGGACAUCUCGCUGCUCAGCUGCCAGUACUUUCUGGCUCAGAUCCUUGUCUCUCUGGUCCUGGGGCCCCUGACUUCAGCCGUGGGCAGUGCCAAUGGUGUGAUGUACUUUUCCAGCCUCAUGUCCUUCCUCGGCUGCCUCUACUCCUCCCUGUGUGUCACCUAUGAAAUUCCCUCUGGCGAUGUUGCUGAUGAGGAGCGCCAGCCCCUCCUGUUGAAUGUUUGAUGUUUCAGAAUCUCGACUUUGGACUUGAAGGUGGUCUGUUGGAGGCUGGCCACUGAGAAACCAAAGGCCUUGGCAGCUAGCCAGGCUUCCAGUGGAAUGUAAAUAUGUGGUAAAUAAAUGACAGCAGCAAAGCCUUCUAGCACCAAUCUUGUCCAAGGGUGGGAGGUCUGGUUGCCACAGCUUAGGUAGGUGCCACUUACCAUCCAAGGCUGUCACAAACACCCAAGGAUACACAGCCCC